AUGGGGACUUUUUCUGAUAGAAACCGUUUGAUAUCUGAAGCUAACAUUGGGGCGUCUGUUCCACAUUUUGCCUGGGUACAUGGAGCGAAUUUUUUAUCUGCAACAAAAAUUACCUUAAAUCCAUUCCAUUCUGCACAGAUAAACCCAGAAUCCAGUAUUCCAAUAGCUCCGAUUCGCUCCAUUGCUCCCAUGGAUGAGCCUGUGAAGAAAAUCGAGGCAGUGGAUAAGCCCACCAAGGUUAAGAAGAAGCCUUCUGUAAAGAAUCUGAAUCAAAACUUGAAACCAAAGCAGCCUAAGAAGAAUACUUCUGUUUCUAAAAAGGCAAAGGAGCAAUCCAUGCCUGAAGCAAAACGUGAGAAGAAGAACCCAAACAUUGUUUUAGAUGGAACCAAGUUUGAUUUUUCUGGGGUACCAUCUCCUGUAUGUUCUUGUACAGGUGUGCCCAGAGUAUGCUACAAAUGGGGUGCUGGAGGAUGGCAAUCCUCUUGUUGUACCAUUAGCGUAUCGGAAUAUCCCCUGCCAAUGAGCUCCUCGAGGCCUGGCUCUCGCAUGGCCGGCAGGAAAAUGAGCAAUGGAGCAUAUGGAAAACUUCUUCUGAGACUUGCAGCUGAAGGCCAUGACCUAACUCAUCCACUUGACUUGAAAGACCACUGGGCUAGGCAUGGUACUAACAAGUUUGUUACCAUCAAGUAGAGAUGAGAUGAGAGUUGGCACUUCGCAGUUCAUAAAUAUUUCCAUCUUUUCCUUCCUUACCUCAAGAGGCAUAGCAACAAACUAGUUUGUAUAUGUGGAUCUCUCAAAUAUAUAUCUAGUUUGUACUGCUGUUAGACUCCAUUGGAUGGAGCCGUUGCUAUAAUUGUCAUCAAAACGACUACCUAUCUUAUAAUUUAGCCAUUCCGACUUUA